UGGCUGAGUCCUGGUCAGCUCGAGGUGAUCCUUCAGCUCUGGGCUGCAAGGCCCAGGCCCCUGGUGCGAGUGGAGAAGGAGAGAAUAAGGGAGUCCACCGACUGCUAAGGCGCACGAGUGAAGAGCAUAGAGUGAAGGCCUGGUUUCUCAUGGCCCUUGCUCCAGCUCAAGAACUCGCACCCACGAAUAGGGGAGCGCUAGGGGAGGGGCAAUUCGGGGCCAUGCCUGGAGUGCAGGCCGGCAGGGAGCAAAGCCACCUUUGUCACCGCCCCUCCUGGAGCAGGACCUUCAGGUUUCCUGUUUGGAGGAGGAGGGGCGGGGAACCCGCAAAAUUCAAUAAAGCAAAAAGGGGAGGAGGAAGGAGGGGGCCUGGCGGGGCCUUUGCGGCGGCCUGAGCGUUAGUGUCCCUACUCUGGCCUGAUCGGCUCGCCCCUGAACGGGCCGUGCCCGCCGCUGGCGUUCAGGAAGAGAGCCGGGCCGGCUGGCUGUGCGCGCCCAUUAAUCUGCCGGGCGGACGGCGGGCGGGCGAGCUGGGGGCUGUUUGUAACUUUGCUGCCUCGGUCGCCGCGGUCCCUGGGGAGCGGGCUCCGGCGCUUGCUCCCAUUGGCCGCCGCGGCGUCAGCUGGUGCGAUUUGCUGCUGUCGCUUUUGGCGUUCGGCCAUCCAGAAACAAACCAGUUCGAUGACUACUAAUAGUUAUAGCCAGAUGUACUAAUACACAACAAAUCACAGUCCUGCAGAGGGGCGCGCAAAUGAGUUCCUAUUUUGUGAAUCCCACUUUCCCCGGGAGCCUGCCCAGCGGCCAGGACUCCUUCUUGGGCCAGCUGCCCCUCUACCAGGCCGGCUAUGACGCGCUGAGGCCCUUCCCGGCCUCGUACGGGGCGUCGAGUCUCCCGGACAAGACGUACACCUCACCUUGUUUCUACCAACAGUCCAACUCUGUCCUGGCCUGCAACCGGGCUUCCUACGAGUACGGGGCCUCGUGUUUCUAUUCUGAUAAGGACCUCAGUGGCGCCUCGCCCUCGGGCAGUGGCAAGCAGAGGGGCCCCGGGGACUACCUGCACUUUUCUCCCGAGCAGCAGUACAAACCCGACAGCAGCAGCGGGCAGGGCAAAGCACUCCAUGACGAAGGCGCCGACCGGAAGUACACGAGUCCCGUUUACCCUUGGAUGCAGCGGAUGAACUCCUGCGCGGGUGCUGUGUACGGGAGCCAUGGGCGCCGAGGCCGCCAGACCUACACGCGCUACCAGACACUGGAGCUGGAGAAGGAGUUCCACUUCAACCGCUACCUGACACGGCGCCGCCGCAUCGAGAUCGCCAACGCGCUCUGCCUCACCGAGCGCCAGAUCAAGAUAUGGUUCCAGAACCGCCGCAUGAAGUGGAAAAAGGAAAACAAGCUCAUCAAUUCCACGCAGCCCAGCGGGGAGGACUCAGAGGCAAAGGCGGGCGAGUAG